AUGGCUUCAUCAAUUUUUCUACUUCCCGAAAUCAUCCUGCCUAUUGUAUCCUGCCUGAAAAAUGACCCCUACUCAUUACACUCUUGUAUGCUUGUAAGUCGUUCUUGGUGUAAGUUAACAGUACCAUUCUUAUGGACUGACCCAUUUAAUCCUUAUUCUUCAAAUACACAAAUUAUUUCAACUUAUAUGAAUUCUUUGAGUUCUUCACAUAAAUCAUUUUUGAAAAAAAUAUAUCCAAUGGAAAAAUUAGAAAUCGAUAAACCACCACUUAUAUUUAAUUAUACCAAUUAUUUGAAAGUAUUAAACUACUCUUUAUUGCAUGAUGCAGUACAUGCUUGGUGUGAUCUUUAUCGUAUACGCAGUGUAUUUAAACAAGAAGAAGAUGAUGAUUUUGAAGAAUGUAAAAAAGAGUCUGGUGAAUAUUUUUACGAUGGUGGUGAUUCUUUGUUAUUUAAUCCAAAAAUAAAAAUCUUGGAAUUAUUGUUUGAUUUAUUAUUAGAAAAAACAACUCUGACAACAUUAUCAAUAAAAGUCAUAACACAUAGAUAUGAGUUUUGCACAACUUUGAGCAAGUUAACUAUUGAUUGUUCAUGGGGAAAUGAUGCAUCAUCAAAUAAACUUUUGAUUUCACAAACAUGUUUGAUUGAAUUGAUCAUCAUCAAUCGCUGGCCAAAUCAUUUGUUAGACUCUGAUGUUGGUAGAGAUAAUGAUGGAAGUUUAGACGUUUUGAAAUAUUGUGAAAACUUGAGAGUUUUAAAAUUUAAUAAUUGGAAAUCUUUUGGACAUAAAUAUUCACUGGACUUGGCUGACAUAUAUUUUCCUAAAUUAGAGGAAUUGCUGUUUUCAACUUAUACUCCUCGUCUAGAUAUCUUGAUUAAAAUUAUAAGGAUUAAUGGUCAAAAUUUAAAAUGUCUGACAUUGGUGGCAUUGACUCAUUCAAGUAUCAAAUUUGCAAACAAAAAAUUUUUUAUUAAAUAUAAGCUGCUCAUAGAAACAAUAUCUGAAAAUUGUCCAAAUCUAAUAACUUUAAACACGUCAAUCUCGAGCAUAACAAUGUCCGGAUAUUGUAAUUUGCUACAAAGGUGUACUUGGCUAGCAAAUUUGAGUGUGGAAUUCAUUCAUAAUAGUCAAGAUCCUUUUUUUCCAACUAAUGAAUCUUUAUUACUUUUAUUGGGUAGUUCAAUUCCUAUCAGUUUAAAACAACUUACACUUAAAUUAACGCUGAUAUUUGAACCGAAAACAUUACACAAUUUUUUGUUUGAACAUUGUAAGGCAAGAUUGGAAAAAUUGAAAUUGUUCAUGCGUGCAAAUAAUGAACAUUUUGCUGUUCUACAAGAAUAUGCCAAGACAUUUGGAAGCUUGAAGUUACUUGAUCUACGUAACUGUGAUGGAAUUGAACAGGAUCAAUUUCAUGACUCUAAGAAAUACAUUAAAGAGGUGAUAAUCUUUAAUUCGUAUGGGGAAAGAGUUGCUUGGUAA